CACUGCGUGAGUCUUUUCGUCAGCGAUACUGCGUUGCAGGAAAUUGGUGCGCAAGAGUCAGCUGAUAGUUCGGGUUAUUUAUUUACGAAUCAGAAUUUUGUGUUUUUCAUUUCUAAAUAAGAUGUUGCGUCCCAAAGCUCUUACCCAAGUUUUGAGCCAGGCGAACACUAACGGAGUGCAGAGCACGCUCUUGCUGAAUAACGAGGGCUCCCUGCUGGCUUACUCCGGAUACGGCGAUACCGAUGCCCGGGUCACGGCAGCCAUAGCCAGCAACAUCUGGGCUGCGUACGAUAAGAACGGGCACCAGGCUUUCAACGAGGACAAGCUGAAAUUAAUCCUCAUGGAUUGCAUGGAGGGCCGGGUGGCGAUCACAAGAGUAGCCAAUCUGCUGCUCUGCAUGUACGCCAAGGAGACGGUGGGCUUCGGCAUGCUCAAAGCCAAGGCAGAAGCUUUGGUAAAAUACCUGGAGGAACCUCUGACUCAGGUGGCAGCUUCCUAGGGGGAAGGAAGUGGCUGUCGCACCGCUGGAUAGACUUCCUUUUGGAAGACUGGGAAGGGCACCAGGGGAUAAACCAAGGACAGCAAUAUGAUAGAACCUGGAAUAAACCAAGGACAGCACUAUAACAGAGCCUGCCUGCCUCUCUCUGUCUCCACAUCGAACUGUGUUAUAUAUAACAGUACAGGCCAGCCAGUGAACUGUGACCUCCGCUUUUCCAACAAGCACUGAGCCGUCUCCCAAGUGUUUUUUGAAAACGCACAGUGAUGGAGGGGCCAUGAAUUAAUAACCCAAAGAAACCUCCUGCUUGCUGUCCGAGUGUCUUGGUGUCCCUGAAUAGAUCAUCAUCCCGCUAGUGCAGCUGUACCCACAAAUUGUAUCUGCUUUCUUGUCAGUCUCUGUUAAAGAAAUGGCUAAAUUGCUCAUUACAGGAGAGCUAACCAAGGUUUUUAAAAAUCCAUCCCUUGCCUCUUCUUGGCUCUUCAGGUUUUGCAGUCAGUCCAGGGGUCAGGUAAAUAAGCAAUUCAACAGACAUCUUGAACUCGACACCCAUUUGAUCCUGUUAAACCCAUGCCUUGUGUUUUAUAUACUGUAUGUGUCUGUGUGCAAAGAGAAGUCAAUAAAAAGGGUUUGCAAAAUG